AUUCCGAUGAUGUGUUUUGAGGUUUUUUUCUGUCGCUGCAAAUUGAAAUAAAAAGGCUACUAUUUUAAUUAGUUUAUUGAAAUUAAUUUAAUUGUUGCCUAAAUUUGAUUAAAAUGACUACUUUUGAUGCAAAAUAUGAUAUGUAUCCAGCAGGGGAUGUUGGGGUUGUGGAGGGUGAAAUGAAUAUACCAAAUCGUGGAGUACCAUCCGGAGACUCCAUGGAAUUUAACACGUUAGAUGAGCCUAUCAAAGAGACUUUUAUGCGAGACCUCAGAGCAGUGGGCAACAAGUUUUAUCAUGUCCUCAUCCCUAGAGAAAAAACUAGUUUACUCAAAGAAUGGGAUCUCUGGGGCCCUUUGCUAUUGUGCACAUUGAUGGCUACCUUCCUGCAAGGCUCAAAGGAUCACCUGGACAACACAAAUGAUGGAGGUCCUGAGUUUGCAGAAGUAUUUGUCCUUGUCUGGAUUGGGGCAGCCAUAGUCACAUUAAAUUGUAAAUUGCUUGGUGGCAAUAUCUCAUUUUUCCAGUCAGUAUGCGUGCUUGGCUACUGCCUGUUCCCGAUCGCGCUCGCGCUGAUCAUCUGCCGCCUCAUUCUCUUCUCCACUCAGACCACAUUCCUUUUCUUCCUGAGGCUCGUUAUAUCUAUGGGAGGUUUCAUGUGGGCUACAUUUGCGGCGACCAAAUUCCUUGGUGACAGUCAACCCGCCGGGAGGAAAGCGCUGGCGGUGUACCCCAUAUGUCUGUUCUACUUCAUCCUGUCGUGGCUAGUCGUGUCGCACAGCAACGUCUAAACGCACCAUGUGAAAGUCAUAUACUUUGUGAUACGAACUCUAGUUAUAAUAUGUGAAUGAGUGUGUAAAUUGGUGUUUAAAGUUGAAGUCAUUAUAUCUUUAUAGUACAGUAUUGUUUUCCAGGUAAUUAUAGGCUACACUUAAAAUUUAUGAGAUCCUCGUAUGAUUUCUCAUUGACUAUGUUGUGGAGGUGAAUACGGAAAAUAACCCAGUUUGCGUCAUGGUUUUUGUAUUGGCGAAAUUGCUUAUUCAUGAAGUCACCUCUCUGUUCCUACAUAAAGAAGGCAAGGAUGCCGCAUGUUAAAGGGUCAGGUAACUAUGGGCCUGUGGUGUUCAGUGUAUGGCUAGAGCGGCCACUGGGUCACCAACAAUCAACUGGCAUGCUCGACUCAGGCACACCUUGCAACUUAGAGGGCUAUUUAAAGACGGGUUGAGACUGAUCCCAUAGAGACAAAAUUGACAAUGCAAAUAUUUUCAUCCCUUUGAAGUAGAAACGUACAAUUAUUUAGGCUAAACGAAUUCGUGACUUGUAUUUAUUUAUUGUUAAGGCACAACAUUCCCCGUAUAAAAUGUAUUUUUCAAUAAGAUAUUUUCUUAGGAUUAAUGACUUUUGUAUAUAGGUAUUUAUCAUAUCAAUAAAAAAAAAUCUGUUA